AUGUCAUCAAAUUCUCCGACUGGACUUGGCGAGCAACUACAGAGAGGUGGAAGGGUAAAGGAGGAGAGUCCUGAUGGAACAGGUGUGCUUGGUGAUGAUAGUCGGGGCGGACCCGCGGUUGAGAAGAGAAAUAGACGAGUUACCACCAACAACACAACAAACAAUCCCAAAAAAAGGAAGAUUUCGGAUCGCUCUACCGCCUCGAGUUCAUCUACAGGAGAAUAUAUUGAAAUUGACGUACGUGGCCGCCGUCAUUCCAUAUUGAUCUCGGAAUUGGAAAGUAAACCGGCGACUUUGCUGAGUAAAAGAGUGGAAGAAUUGGAGGAAGGUUCGACGAGCGCUGUGGAGUUGAACGAAGCGCAACCAGAAUUGUUCCCGUAUGUUCUGGGGUGGUACACUCGCGGGCAAAUUACGAUUCCGAUAGAAGUUACGGAAGAUUCGAUAAGACAUGAGUGUCGAAAACUCGGCUUACCAUCCGAUGUUUCUGUUAAGUUUGAUACUGCGUCGAUGCAGAGCAUUUCGAAAGCUCUUGUGGCGAACAGUACGGCGAUCGUUCAGGCUCCCGAGAAAACGGCGAAGUUACUCGUUGCGCAGGAAAUUUUCAAAUUUGUAUACACGAAUAUGUGGAAGAAUCUCAAAUCAGAACAAGUGGCGAACAUGACUAAGGAGGGGUGGUCGAAGACUAUGCCGAAAUUGAGGCUUUUGAUCGAAGAUUUUUCCGAAAAGGAUUGGAAAGACGUGAUAAAAUUGAUUGUGAAAGAAGCGAAAGACCGCGGGUACGGCGCAGAACUUCUUUGUGAUGAGCAACAACAGCCUGCUAAGAUCAAAUUGACAAUGUUCCAGGGGUGAAUUAUUGAGAUAUUCAACCAGUGAGUGGCUCAUCA